UCGCGAUAUACUCGCGUUAACCUCCGAUCGUUGACAGCGGCUUAUUACGGAUUUAAAAUAUAAAUAUAUUUAUUUCAUUCAAAGCGAUUAUGACUAACUCAUAUACGACGCUGAAAUUAUUAUUGAACGAGUAUUAUAGUAUGUAAUAUGUAUUUUUGUACUAAAGUAUCAAUUUGUACCAAACUUAUAAAAGACGAAAUUUUGGUUCAACAAUUGUGGAGUCAAUUUAUAACACUUCUAUGAUGGAAUAAUGUGAUGAUGACGACAACUACACCAUCUCCAAAGUCAUCUUUGGCUAAGCUCGUAGUUUAUCCUAAGCCUAAACCAUUUAAGGUUAUGGUGCUAGGCCAGUCAGGAGUUGGGAAAUCGGCACUUGUAGUAAGAUUCAUCACAAGACGUUUUAUCGGCGAGUAUGAUCCAGAUUUAGAAAAAACUUAUACCUAUCAAACAGUAAUAGAUAAUGAAACUGUGUAUUUUGAAAUAUUAGAUUCGGCAGGAGAUCCUCAUGAAAGCGAAUAUGUAAAUUUAGAAAGUAAUAUUAGAUGGGCGGAAGCAUUUAUACUAAUGUAUUCUGUAACGGACAAGUGUUCGUUUGACGAGUGCCAUCGCUUGAAAUUUCUAAUCAAUUAUAACAAAAGACGACGUAGGCUGGCCUCCUCUAUUAAGGACAGUAUAUUAGAAACUCCAGUAGUAUUAGUAGGAAACAAAGUGGACCAAGUCGGCGAUCGAAUGGUGAGUACAGACGAAGGACAACGAAGAAGCAAGGAAAUAGGCUGCGUGUGCUUUCACGAAAUAUCGGUCAGGGAAAGCAUCGACCAAGUAUGGAGUGUUUUCCGUGACGCUCGUCGCUUCUGGCGAGUUGGCAGCAAAUGGUCGCGCGGGCGCGUUGACGCUGACGUUCAUCCUACUGCCCUGGGCCGACCACUCUCACGUGCGAUCUCUGAUACCGCUUCCGAAACAAUUACUAGUGUUAAUCCCACGUUUUGCCGUCGAUUUACAGAAAUGGAAUUAGAAGAAGCAGCCGGCAUUGUACGUAGUGACUCCACGUCAUCUUCGGGUCAUUCUGAGAGUACGGACGAGUUUCGUGCACGCGCGAGUACGGAUUCUCGUCUUCCGCCUAGACCUGAAAGACCAAGGCAUCCCGCCUCGGUCCGACCUCAUCCUAUGCCUGUCAGGAGAAUGAGUGUGUCGAUGAGAGGGAACAAUACUAGUACAUAUUAA